UUUCACGUGAAAGCACUCAGCCAAAUCGGAGGAAACUCAUUCGGUGUAAUCGUGCAAACGAUAGCGUAGUGACGUUCGGUGAUCUCUAGAGAAGAUUGAAUUUAUUCCGAAUACGGGAUAGAUAUUUCGAUCCUAUGGACGUUAUAUAUCACUACUAGUUUUGUUCGAGAUAGCUGGUGCCGCUAGGAAAUAAUCGUGAAAAAAGUGCAAUUUCACUGUGCUAAACCGACGACGAAAUAAUAAAUUGAAGAAUGGUUACGGAAGCUGAUAGCGCAUCGACAGCUAGCCCGGCCACAGCUAACUCAGCGGGGGCGCCUGCGAUGGAUACCCGUGAGGGAAUUUGUCCGGUGUGCAACGAGACGGCGAAAAAACGAUGCUCCGGCUGUUGCGCAGUUUACUACUGCAGCACAGAACAUCAAAAGCAGCAUUGGAAAAAUCAUAAAAAUGUUUGCCAUCCAUUCAAGAUUUGCAGUGACGAACGUCAUGGGCGAUAUUUGGUCGCUACGAAGGAUAUCAAAGCUAACGAGGUCGUACUGAAAGAAGUACCGCUAGUUCAUGGACCAGCCCAAAUCACUAGGCCUGUUUGUGUGGGAUGUCUUAUGGGCCUGGUAGAGAAGCAAUUCCUGGAGUGCGAACGGUGCGGAUGGCCGGUGUGCAAACGUGAAUGCCAGAACCAUCCCGAUCACCAGGCAGAAUGUAAAUUUACCAUCGCUAGAGGCAGCAAGAUGUCGCUGCAACAUUUCUACGUUCCACAUCCGGUGUAUCAGUGUUUGAUUCCGCUCCGUUGCCUUCUGUUAGCUGAGAGGAAUCCUGCCAAAUGGCAAGCAUUAAUUAAACUUGAAUCUCACGAAGAGCAUCGGCGUGGUUCCGAGCAGUGGCGCAACGAUCGAGAAGGAGUCGCGAAGCUCAUUCCACGUUUCUUCAAGUGCGAAAACAAAUGGAGUGAAGAUGAAAUAUUGAAAAUAGUUGGCAUACUGCAAGUGAAUGCCCACGAGAUUCCCCUGACCGAGCCUUCUUCCGUGGCUGUCUACAAUAAUGCCUCUUUGAUAGAGCACUCCUGUCACCCGAACCUGUCGAAAAGUUUUACAGUGAAAAAGGAAAUCGUUUUCUGGGCUCCUCAUCCGAUUAAAAAGGGUGAGCGAUUGAGCAUCUGCUACUCGGAUGUCCUCUGGGGCACUGUGAACAGAAUGGAGCACUUGCUGCAAACAAAGUUGUUCCGGUGUGGCUGCGAUCGCUGUGUUGACCCGACUGAAUUUGGUACCUACUUCAGUGCGAUGAGAUGUUCGGGUUUCAAGAAGGACGCCAACUGUAUCGGGCUGUUGCUACCUGAAAAUGUGAAAAACUGGAACGGUGAUUGGAUUUGUAAUAAGUGUCGGGGAACGGUCGAAGCGAAAGAUAUCUCAAACAUUGAGUCUCGGGCCAGCGUUGAUCAACAAGCCAUGCAAAAAGACAACGAACAACACUGCAACCUGUACAUCACACAUUAUUCUCGUUGGUUGGCUCCAAACCAUCAUUUUAUCGUGGCUGUUAAACUUUCGCUCUCGCAGAUUAUCGGCGGGGGACAUCCAGAGGCAAUAAAAACUAUAUCGGAUGACAAUCUCAUGAACAAAAUUAAAAUCUGUCAGGAACUGAUCCAUUUGUUUGAGAAAAUUUGUCCUGCCGAAGCACGUGUUAUUGGAGCAACCCGAUUUGAGCUGCAUGCCGCCCUGGCAGAGUUUGGUCGACGUGGAGUGGUUUCCAAAAAUCCGGCCGUUAGAAGUGCUCUUGAAGAUUCGCUUUUCAAUGCAGAAGAAUGCGUACGGAUGUUACAGCAUGAGCCCGAUGAGUUACCGGAGCAUAAAAUCUGCGAACAGGCUAGGAUUAAUGUGAGCUCGUUAAAGACGUUGCUCGGUUUGCAACAGGAGUGAUCCAUAUUAGUUGUCCGGGUUGUUUUUCGGAUAUUUUUUUAUGUAGGCAUGUUUGUUUUGUAUUGAUCUCACCAUGGUUUGUUGAUUGCAAGAGAAAAAUACACUUGGC